GCACAAAAACCAGGACAGUAGCUUAUCCAUAACACAAGGAGUCCUGCAUUGUGAAAGCAGAAAAUUACACACUCAAAGGAAAACAGAGAAGCAGCUAGCAUGGCCAUGGAGAACUGUUUACGAGUAACCACAGUAGGCACUGCCACCAGACCCCAAUAUUGUCUUCAUCCAUUCAGUUCAAGGGCAAAGCUUGUUUUCCCAACUUACAGAGGAUUCAAGAAAUCUUUGUCAAAAUCAACUUUGCCAAACCCAUCUUCUCUUUACCAUGCUGCUGGUGGCAACACAAAAUCUCGUUUUAUCUGCAAUGCUCGUGAAGCAGUCAAUGAAGUAAGAGUAGUGACAGAUUCAAGCUGGAAUGACUCUGUCAUUGCAAGUGAAACCCCAGUGCUGGUAGAGUUUUGGGCACCAUGGUGUGGUCCAUGCAGGAUGAUAGCCCCAGUAAUUGAUGAGUUAGCGAAAGAGUAUGCAGGGAAAAUUGCGUGCUACAAGCUUAACACCGAUGACUGUCCCACCAUAGCCACACAGUACGGGAUCAGAAGCAUACCAACUGUUCUGUUCUUCAAAAAUGGAGAGAAAAAGGAAAGCGUUAUUGGUGCAGUUCCCAAGUCCACUUUGUCCGCAGCAGUGGAGAAAUAUGUUGAUGUAUGAUUCGAGAAAAAUGUUAUAACAUGGUGAAUGCUGGAUCAUAAAUUAAAGACCAUCUUUCAUUUUAUGGUUUCAACAUUUUAAAUAGAACUUUGUAUCCAUUUGUUUUUUUCAACAUUUUGUAAAGAUUACAUUGUAUAAAUUCCGGAUGGAGGAAAAUCUAGAGUCCCCCUUUUCUUCA